GCGAGAGGAAGCGAGGCGGCGAUUGAUUGGAGCGAGCGAGGAGAGCGAGCGAGAGAGAGGGGGUGGUGAGAGCUUCUCGAUCUCAGAGCGGCGCGGGCGCGGCGCGGCGCGGCGCGGCACGGCACGGCGCGAGCGAGAAGUGAAAUUGCUAGGCGAGGCUGUGAGAUUGGCGCAUUUCUUCGCUUCAUAUGGGUCUGGGAGUUCUAUUGUGACAUUUCCAAAGGCCUGUUGAUUCUUGAGUCGCGAAGCCAUGUCCAUGGAGCUGGAAGAUGUUCGUUUCAACCAUUUGUUCCAGAAGUCUUUCCUUCACGAGAACUCGUAUGCGUUCUUGAGCAAGGAGGAGCUUUGCUCGCAGCUGAUCCGGGGCCUUCAGAGCCUCCAGACCGGGCGGAGGAGGAAACUGAGCGAGAUUGGCAACACUGAAAUUUACAAUGCUCCCAAGAGGUUCCUUCCAACUCCACCACCAACAGCGGUCCCGGCAGCAAAGAAGUACCAGCCCAAGGAUCUCAUUAAUGCGCUUCCGGACGAGCUCCUUGUCGAAGUCUUUCGGUACGUGGCCGCUCCAGCCGAUCGCUACGCGUGUGCUUCCGUGUGCACACGCUGGCUGAUGCUCCAGAGCCACUUACACUCGAGCGAGAUCAAGGACGACGAGCAAGAGCUUUCUCUUGGCAGUGGCGACGAGCUAAAGAGGAGCCUGGAAGGAAAGCGAGCUACAGAUGUUAGACUGGCUGUGGUCGCUCUCGGAACCCAGUCUAGAGGUGGCCUUGGGAAACUUAUCAUCAAGGGUGGUCCUCGGCAGAAGCUGUCCAAGGCCGUGAGCAACGUUGGCAUGUCCUCUGUUGGCAUCUGCUGCGGGAACCUCAAGGUUCUUUCCGUGUGGGACUGCCCAAACAUCGACGACGUGGGAUUCAGCUGGAUUGGCAAGGGAUGCCCGCAGCUCAAAGUUCUCAACAUCAUGAACUGUCCUGGCUUUGGAGAUGCUGCUCUUCGGGCAAUUGCGGCCGGUUGUCCUCUCCUCUCAAGUUUGACCCUGGAUGGCUGCGACAAAGUUGGCGACGAAGGACUGCAGGCCGUGGGGAAGCGCUGCUCUCAGCUUUCGUGCCUCUCGGUCUCCAGGUGCAACAAAGUCGGGGACGUUGGCGUCACUGCGGUUGUUUCGAGCUGCAAGGUGUUGAAGGCCAUGAAGCUCGAGAAGCUCAGUAUCAACGACGAAGGUCUCGUUGCGGUUGGGGAACACGGCGGCUCACUCCAGAAGCUCAAGCUGUUGCAGCUCGAGAAGAUAAGCUCGGAAGGCUUCUUUUUGUUUGGCAAGAGUUCCGGCAUGGGGCAGCUCAAGCAUCUCCAGAUCUCGGCAUGCCCCGGCCUCACUGACAGUCUCCUAGACUCCGUUGGGAAAACGAGCAAGGAGAUCAAGUUUUUGUCUCUUGCCAACUGCACGUCGCUGGACGAGAGCAAGCUUCUCACUUUCGUGAAGGACUGCACUUUCCUGGAGGGCCUCCACCUAGAGAAGUGCGCCUUUACGGCAUCGGCUGCGACGAUGACGACGACACUGUUAUCGAGCGGGUCCCGGUCUCUUAAAGUUCUGGGCAUCGUCAACUGCACUGGAGUGGGAGCCGGGCUUUUGGCUAGCCUCUCUGGAUCUGGAAGCUCCUGUCUCCUGGAGCUCAACGUCAGCGGCCUUUCGGCUCUCUCGGACGAGUCCCUGGUCCCUUUCCUGUCAGCGAGCGGGUCCGGCUUAACUUCUCUCAACCUGUCCGGUUGUACGAGGCUGACGAACCGGGCACUCGCUGCGGUAGCGAGUUUUUGCCCCUCUCUCGGGUUGCUCACGCUGGACGGGUGUGCGAGCGUCACGGACCAGGGGAUUCGAUACGUUGCUCAGGGGCCGCAGGCAGUGCAGGAGCUCAGCCUCGCCGGCUGCGACGUGACGGAUGACGGCAUGGUGGCUCUAGUACUCGCCAAAGGCUCGUCUCUGAAGACGCUGUCUCUGGCCGGGUGCGGGCGCGUGACGGACCGGAGCCUGCUGGCUAUGAAGACGGCUUGCAAUACUCUGGAGGCGCUCAACGUCAAGGACUGCAAGGGGCUUAGCCGGGCCAAGCUCGAGUGGUUUGAGGCGGGCCUGUGGAGGUGCCACCUUUGCUACUGAUCUCAUGGACUGGACGAUGGACUGGGGAGAAGGCUACUUACUGGCAGGAAGCAAUAACAAGGCAGGUACUAGACAUAUACCAGGUGGUGGAACAGCGGCAGCAGCAGUGGCAGUGCAGCGAGCAGCAGGUUUUGCGCCUGGCUACAGUUUCUUUUUUUCGUGCAAAGGUAUUUUGCAUUGCAUUAGCGACGAGGACGGGCAGGCAAACAGGCACAGGUUGGGUGAAUCACUACGCAGCGCAGGUUUCCUUUUUUUCUCUUCAUCAAAGUUUGGAGGGCCUAUGCGGAGAGGCCGUUUUUCCACACACUCGCGAGCGACGAAGAUGGAUAUGUUAUCUAGCUUGGGGGAGCUGCUGGUGGAUUUUUUCAGGGCACCGUCCAGUUUUUGCAGGCUCAGUUUUUGACGAGCCUGUUUGGUUCCAUCCUUUUUUUGCACCUUGGGAGCUGGGCUCCUUCGGUGUUAACACUGGCGGCCUCCUGCAAACUCUCACACGGCAGCGCACAUCCAGGUUACAUGACGGUGGUGGAAGAAGAGUGAGGAGCACAGGUUUUCAUCGCUUUCGUCUCGUGGUGCUCGUUACUUUUCAUCCUUUUUGGUUUGUCUUCUUUUUUCUCUGAACAGGUUGCUGUUUUCUUUUGGACGCUGGCUGUGUACUUUCGUGCUGUUUGUUUUUUUCUUCUCGUUCUCUGGGGCUUUGGCAAUGUUCCUUUUGGUUUUUAAAGCCCAUGUUUUUAAUCAUUAAACAAGUAUUUUGUAUAUUAGUUAGAAAAAAACUUGGUUAUUCACGUUGACAUA